UUUUUGGCUCCAACUGUAGGCAUUCAGCGUCAAAAAGCGCUAAUGGCAGUGGCCGUAGGCCCUAAGGUCCCUUAGACCAAAGGGUUGGAGAACAUGUUCAUUCUAUCCUGAAGACCCUGCUUUGCAACGCACGGCUACGCAACCGGUAAUAAAAAUAGUUCGGCGCUUUCAACGGCCUGCAUGCAAAAAGGAGGAAACCGGCUCGUGGCGCAAUGCAUCUCCCGGAUGAAAUGAGCCAAAACUGGACCAAAACGAGAGCAGGGAGACGGAGUCGUCGCAUCGUAUCUUUCAACACGGUUUCCCCCUAUGAGAUCGACGUCUCAGGCCUCCACGUCGUGAUCGAUCGUGGGCAUCAUGUCAGCCGAAGAGUGAUCUGGAGCCUCGUACUGAUCGUUUGUUUCGCAUUGAUGUUGGCUCAAUGCCUGGACCGUCUCUUCACCUACAAAUCUGGACCGAUCGCAGUUCGGUUGCAACUCGUUCGAAACGAAUCGCUCACCUUUCCUGCCAUUAGUAUCUGCAACAAAAUCGAGGGACCGAUUCGACGCAAAGCGAGUGGAGAAGCUGUGGACAGCGGAAUUCGGGUCUUUGAAAUACCCUGGAUUAACAACCGCAACCGAGACCUUGACUACAAAAAUCGGCGUCGAAAAGUUCUGGCAACUCGCAACCUACAACAUCACAAGCAUUAUCAACAGCGUCGAGGAACGACGUGCCAGAAUGCAGGAAAGUUCGCGGAAGUCUACACUGUCACCGGAAGAUGCUUCACGUUUCAAGGAAACGACAUCACACUCCCCGGAGUCUACAACGGACUCUAUCUCAGCUUAUUGCACGCAGAGAGGGAUGCAAAACCUGAUCAAGUGGAUGGAAACAAAAGCACGGUAGUUGAAGUAUGGGAAGUUGUGAUCCACGACUGGCAGGAAGUCCCUACAGUGAUUGCCCUCAGUCAACGCCAAGAAAUUUUGAAGAAUCUGGACUUGCGCUUCGGAGUCUCACUCCGAAACUAUCGAGUUCUGAGCAGAGGGAGUAAUCCAUGCGAAAUGGAUCCCAGUUAUCUUCUCUCAAAUUGUCAACGGGCUUGCUACGAGAAGGAACUCAUUGCCAGAGUUGGUUGCAGGAUGUGCAAUGGGGGAAAGGAGUUCAGGAACGCCUCGCUUACGAGCAUCCGAAUGGUGGACGGGAGAGACACGACCAUCCCUGCUUGGAUCCCUGACCAAUGUGACUGUCCCACGCCGUGCAAUCAGGAUAUCUACAGUUUCUCCAUCGAUUCCCGUAUUCGAACAGACAAUGUCUCCGUCUCUCGACUCUAUUAUAUGGACAUGAACUACGAGGAAAUCCAAGAGGAGUACAGUUAUGAGGUCUUCGCCCUCCUAUGCGAUCUCGGAGGAACUCUAGGGUUGCUUCUCGGAGCCUCAGUGUUGACCAUGAUACAGAUCCUGGAAUGGUUCAUCAGCAUGGUAGCUGCAUGGGUUCUUAGCCAUCGAUCCCCAGUGCAGAUCCCAUGUUAUACGCACCUCGCCAAGGACGACGUGCUUCUCGGGGAAUACUUAGAUGACAUCCCUGUUGCCGUUGAGGCAUCCGACGAUAGAUUGAUCGCAUGGAAAGACCACUUUGAGUGCGACAUUUCGUCGCAGAUUCCUCGGUCUGACUGA